UCGUAAGUGGGCCAAAUGUCCUCGAAUCCGGUGCUUCCAAAAAAUUCAUGAUCACCGCGUGAAUCCGAACGCCCUUGACGGGGACGACACGUGAAACGUAUAGAGGUCACGCGUUGACUGGUCUGCUCUCGGCGAAAGUGGUACCACAUGCGCGCGCUUGGAAAAUCUUCUGCUAGGCAAGCAACUUCGCGUACGUCGCCGACGUCGAAAAAUGGCGAAUAUGAUUAGGUGCGGGGUCGGGAUUUUCACCGUCAAACACGCAAAGCAGGUCGUACCCCGGGUCUGGCUACCGGCCAGGUACCAGAGGCUAUGUUUUCACACCAGCUGGAUACUCGACGUAAAAGGCAAAGAGCUGUUAAUGCCUGCUCUCUCGCCGACUAUGGAAAAUGGCAUCAUUGUCAAAUGGUUGAAGAAAGAAGGUGACCCAAUCACAGCAGGAGAUGCAAUUGCAGACAUUCAAACAGACAAGGCUGUCAUGACCCUAGAGUUUGACGAUGAAAGUGUACUUGCUAAGAUCAUUGUUCCCGAAGGCAAUAAUGCUAAAGUUGGUGAUCUUAUAGCACUCACAGUUGAAGCUGAUGAGGAUUGGAAAUCUGUAGAAAUGCCUUCUGGUGCUGCUGCACCAUCUGGAGGAGCACCAGCUGCAUCUGCAUCCGCACCACCUCCUGCAGCAGCAGCAUCUGGACCAGCAGCAGAACCUCCAGCAGGCCAAACAAAUGUUGCUAUGCCAUCUCUUUCUCCAACAAUGACCACUGGAACGAUUGUAAAAUGGCACAAGAAAGUAGGCGAUGCCAUUCAAGCUGGUGAUGCUGUAGCAGAUAUUCAAACAGACAAAGCUGUCAUGACAUUUGAAAUGGAAGAGGAAGCAGUAUUAGCUAAAAUUUUGGCCCCAGAAGGCUCGCAAGCUGAAGUUGGAGAUCUCAUAGCCAUUAUUGUGGAAAAAGAUUUCGAUCUUUCAAACAUCGUAGUUCCUACAACAACGAAACAAGGUCAAGCGCCAGCACCCGCUCCUGCUGCACCAGCGUCCGCGGCGCCAGCUGCAGGUGCGCCUUCAGGUGCUAAAGAUUCAACCCCACCAAGUGGACAAGUAUAUGGCUUAGCAGUUAAAAGGUUACUGGAAGAAUAUGGUCUGAGUUCAGGGUCUAUCAAAGGCACUGGCCGUCCCAAUCGUCUUUUGAAAGAAGAUGUACUAGCUCACAUUCAGUCGAAAAAUGUACAAAAAGUCGCGCCAAAAUCGGUGUCGGCGCCGUCAGGAGAUGCUCCGAAAGCAACUGCAAAAGGCCCAGUAUCGAGUCCUGUUUCCGCGUGGUCAGGAGGACCAUCAACAUUUACGGAUGGUGCUGUAUCCAAUAUACGAGCUGUCAUUGCUAAGCGACUCGGCGAGUCAAAGAGUAAUAUUCCCCAUUCCUAUGCCAGUAUUGACAUUAAUAUCGAUAAACUUAAUGAAGUACGCAGUAAACUACGAACAGAAAACAUAAAAGUAUCCGUCAACGAUUUUAUCACAAAAGCUGUAGCCCAUGCCCUUCUAGAAUGUCCGGAUGUUAAUGCACUUUACCAAAAUGGACAGAUAAUUCCACAGCACAAGGUAGACGUAUCCGUUGCCGUGUCCACACCAACCGGACUUAUUACUCCUAUUGUGUUCAAUGCUUCUGCCAAAGGUAUAACUGAAAUAGCUAAUGAUAUUAGAACGUUAGCCGGCAAAGCCCGGGAAGGAAAACUUCAACCACAAGAAUUCCAAGGAGGAACAUUCACAAUUUCCAAUCUUGGAAUGUUCGGCAUCAAAGACUUCAGUGCCAUUAUCAACCCACCUCAGACAGCCAUCCUGGCUGUAGGAACUGGUCGCGAACUUUUAGACGUGUCUCUGAAGAAAUCCACCGUCAUGACCGUGACGUUAUCGUACGACAGGCGAGCGAUAGACGAAGACCAGGCUGCUGAUUUCCUCGCGGUUCUGCAAGCGAUGCUUCAAGACCCGACCUUCCUUGCUGUAGGUAGAGCUCAAUCGCUUAGACAUCGACGCGAGUGAACGGAAUAUCGGCAUGAACAAAUUUCAUAAACUGCCGCGUGAUUUAAUCGACUGGACAAAGAGCUCGUCGGGCUUGUAGAUAUGUCGAAGCCAUGGCGAAAGUGGAAGAGAUGUCACCAUCAAACAAAUUUAAUGCAUCGAUGCUAGUGUGUGAUUUCGAUGGCUAUGCCCAGCCGAGCAUAAGUUGAUCUCCAGCUUCUCAAGUGUGAAGGGUCGCCAGUGGCGAUCCUAAGGCACUAAAAAAGAAAUCGGGGUCGGCUUAUAAUCGGGACACGGUCAUUGCAAUGCCACAAGCCAAAGAGCUUAUUGGAGUUAUAAAAGGUGUACGAACUUCUUAAUAUUGGUGUCAAAAAAAGAGCAAUCAACGGCCAAGACAUUCGAUAUAUAGAUUGUUAUACCUGGUCACUGAAUUUUAUUUUCUAAAAGUAUUCGAGAGGUGUUAAUUUAAUCAUCGCAUAACACGCAAACGCAGCAGUCACUGAUAUUGAAUGUGUAUUAGUAAAAUUAGAUCAAAUUAUGAAUUCGAUAAUUUAAUCAUGUAAAUGAUACAUUAUCUAAGGAACUAGACGAAGACGUGAUCGGUAUGCAAUGCCGAUUGCCGGGGCGAUGUAGUGUUGAGAGUCAAGGAUCCAUCUUGUAAAUAAAGUAUUUAUUGUUCACAAUCGUGGAG